CCUGUUUUGCAGUACAUUUUGAACUCUUUUGAAUGUCUGUGUUGGAAUUUAAGAAUGUAUUUCUAUAAAUAGGCAUACCAGACUUUCCGAAAUAUUUACUUUAGUUUAGUUCAGGCGCCCAAACAUUAUUAAUUCUAACUCUACACAAUGGCGAGAAAAUAGGGUAUAACUUUACUAACUUGAAGUGUUUUGUUUUUUUUGGAUACUGAUUUCUGUUGUCUUUAUCUGGAGGAGGAGGGUGUUAUUAAGGAACUCACUUGUGUUAACUUAAAUUUUUUGCGAGAAGUCAAAGCUGCAUUUAUUUGAUCAAAAAUACAGUAAAAAUUGUAAUGUUUUGAAAUAUUUUUACAAUUUAAAAUAAUUGUUUUCAUUUAAAUGCAUAUUUUAAAAUGUAAUUUAUUUCUGUGAUGGCUAAACCUGAAUUUUCUUUUGUCAUUUGUCCAGUCUUCAGUGUCACAUGAUCUUUCAGAAAUCAUUCUAAUAUGCUGAUUUGCUGCUUAAGAAAUUGAUUGACAAUUGUGUUUUUUUUUGUGGAAACUGAUACAUUUUUUUCAGGUUUCUUUGAGUAUAAAGUUCAAAAGAACAGCAUUUAUUUAAAAUAUAAAUUUUGUAACAUUAUAAAUGUGUUUACUGUCACUUUUGACUGAUUGAAUGCAUCUUUGCUAAAUAAAAUUAUUCAUUUCUUUCAAGAAAAAAGACCCCAAACCUUCUGACUCCUAAUAUAUAUAGCAGGAGUGACCUUUGUGAUGCCAUUUAUCAUCAGCUUUUCUUUGAAAAAGAACAGAGAUAUGGAAGGUCAGCAUCUUCUCCAUAAAUUAUUUCAGUUUAUCUUGCUGAUGUCAUAGACAUUCCUGUUUAAGUAGUUCUGAGUUCUCAGUCCUCUCUCACAUGUUACAGGUGUGGAGAAUGAUGUAAUCGGUGAAUCUCACGAAAUCUGUCCAGAGCAUGUCCAGAUCAUAUUUGUAAAAUAAAAUAACAUUUAAUUUUACAAGUUUAGGAACCUGUUUUAGGAUCAAGUUUGUGCUGUGACACAAUUUCCUCCUCCAGUUUUCAUUUUCUUAAAAAAAAAAAGAAGAAAAAAACUUAAUUUCUGGUGAAAUUAUUAUUUUUUUAUUCACUCUAAUGCAAACCUAAUUCACCCUAAUUUGGUGGUUCCUUGUAUUGUUUUGUUUCUCGAACACAUAAAUACUGUUCAGUAUUUUCCGGCAAGGACUGAAGAGUUUGGCAGCUCUCUUUAUGGUUUUGCGAUCUGUAUGCUAAUACACACCUAGACAGGAAAUCUCUCUAUGAGAGAGAAGUGUGCAACAAGCCCAACUCACAUUUUUUGUGCAUGAUAGAUAUGGUGCAUGGUUCCUGUUUGCUUUAUUACUGAUGAGGUCCUUUCAGUUUCAGCUGGAAUAAGAUUCAUUUGGAUACCUUUUGUCAUUUGGUAGACGUUGGUAGCCAUUUGCUUCGAAUUAGUUAUGAGUUCUAACUAAACUACGGUGAGAAGACAUAAUUCACAGCUAACCGCAUUGGUUGUCAUUCCAGCUGAUGCUGCAGUGCUUUGCGGAUCAGCUGCCAAGCGCCCCUCCUCUGUGUCCUCGCUGAGUGGGAUCGUGAGCCGUAUGGCCUCCUCAGGGGGCGCGUCCCGUGGGAGCUGCACCUCCGUUAACACGGUGUGCUCCGACAGUGACCGCGGCGCCAGUCUCAGCUCCUCUGCCUCAUCCGCCUCACUGCAGGAUGGACACUCUUCCUCUUCCUCCUCAUCACUCCCAUAUGGAGCCGUGCCGGCCUACCCCGGGUCACAGCGCAAUGGUUCCGACAUCAGCCUGGACCUCACCCCUCUCUCCCUGCUCACGGGAGCCGGUCCCCUCGCUGCCUCCACAACACCGCUGCCCAAACUCACUCGUCUGGAGAGGGUGGCGCUAGAGAUAGUGGAGACCGAGCAGGCCUAUGUGAGGGACCUCAAGAGCAUUGUGGAGGACUAUCUUGGCUGCAUUAUUGACUGUGGCGACUUGCCUCUCAAGCCUGAGGAGGUCAGCACCCUCUUCUGCAACAUCGAGGACAUCUAUGAGUUUAACAGUGAGCUUUUAGAAGAUCUGGAACGUAGUCCACAUGCGGCAGCCAUAGCAGAGUGCUUUGUGGAGAGGAGUGAAGCUUUUGACAUUUACACCAUAUAUUGCAUGAAUUACCCCAACUCAGUAACGGUCCUGCGGGACUGCAUGAAGAACGAGAGCCUGGUGCGCUUCUUCCAGGAAAGGCAGGCCACUCUGUGUCACUCAUUGCCUCUGGAGACUUACCUGCUGAAACCGGUGCAAAGGAUUCUUAAAUACCACCUCCUGCUGCAGGAACUAUCCAAACACUUUGAUAAAAGUGAUCCUGGGUAUGAAGUGGUGGAAGAUGCCAUUAUAACAAUGACAGCAGUUGCCUGGUACAUCAAUGACAUGAAGAGGAAACAGGAACAUGCAGUCAGACUGCAGGAGAUUGAGAGCUUGUUGCUGAACUGGACUGGGCCUGAUCUCAGUGGUUUUGGAGAGCUGGUACUUGAAGGCUCCUUCCGGGUUCAGCGUGUGAAAAAGGAAAGAGCAUUCUUUCUUUUUGACAAAAUGCUUCUCAUUGCCAAGAAGAGGCUGGAUCAUUUUAUAUACAGCACUCACAUCUUUUGCUGUAAUCUGCUCUUAGUGGAAAACAUGAAGGAUCCCCUCUGUUUUAAAGUGUCCGACCAAACAAUCCCAAAACAGCAACACAUUGUUCAGGCUAAAAACCAGGAGGAGAAGCGGCUGUGGCUACAUUACCUCAAAAGGAUGAUAGUGGAAAACCAUCCUGCAUCCUUACCCCAAAAAGCAAGACAGGUUCUUGGUGACAACUUCUGUCAGUCCCCACAGUUUGAUCAGGAUCCAAUAAGAAAACCAAUGCCUUCUCCACGACUGGAUGAUAUUCAUAACUACCACAGAGGAAGAAGGCAAUCAGAGCCACCAGAGUUCAUCUACACCCCUGAGAAAGCCAAGAAAAGCCUUCCACUCCUCCUCGAGGGUAACCUGCCAUACAAGCGUGGGAGGAGACAAUCUGGUGAAUAUAUUUUUAAAGGCAUAAAAUUACGUUCUAAAAGUAUUUUGAGUUAUAUACAUUAG